UGCCGCCAUGGGGUUGUCGCGCGGAGGCCCUUUUAGCUCGCCUCUGCUAAAGCGUGGAGGGAGGCUCUCUCUUCACCUCGUGUUUUUAAAGUAAUUUCGUUUGAACAAUGUCGAACAAAAUUCAGAUUGAACAAAAUGGUGGUCGGGUUAAUGACAGAGAUGCAGCAGUCUGCAGCAGGAAAUGGAGAGGCUUCUCUCCUGGAUGUUAAGAGGUCCAAGCCUGUUCCAGCAUUACCAAAAUAUGACUAUUAGAAGAAUUUAAUUGAAUUUGGAGGAUGAAGUCCAACCUAAUGCAUUUGGUUCCUCCAGUGAGUAGAGACAGAAUAAUCUCUCAGUUUCCCAAGUGGUACACACCUGAGGCCUGUCUGCAGCUCAAAGAGCACUUCCAUGCACAGGUCAGGACUGCUUGUCAGCAGAGCACUGGAACAGUUGGGCUGAAAAUAUCCAAAGUGGUUGUAGUAGGAGAUCUGUAUGUUGGGAAAACCAGCCUUAUCAACAGAUUUUGUAAAGAUAAUUUUGACCGAGACUACAAGGCGACCAUCGGAGUGGAUUUUGAAAUUGAACGUUUUGAAAUAGUUGGAAUUCCAUACAAUCUCCAGAUAUGGGACACAGCAGGUCAAGAAAAGUUCAAGUGCAUUGCAUCUGCUUACUACCGAGGAGCAGAGGUUAUUAUAACAGUGUUUGAUCUGGCUGAUAUUCAGACUUUGGAUCACACCAAACAGUGGCUAGAAGAUGCAUUGAGGGAGAAUGAGCCAGAUUCCAGCUUCAUCUUUCUGGUUGGAACAAAAAAAGAUUUGGUGUCAGAUGCUGUGUGUGAAAGGACAGAGCUUGAUGCCAUCCGCUUUGCCAAUGAGAUGCAGGCAGAAUACUGGUCAGUUUCAGCCAAAACAGGGGAAAAUGUCAAAGAGUUCUUUUCUCGAGUUGCUGCCUUGGCCUUUGAACAGUCCAUGAUAAAGGAGCUGGAGAAAACUGCUGGGCGCAUGGCCCGAAUUGGGUCAGGAAACCUCAUCAAACUGGAGGAGAACAUGACAGAUAUCCCAGAAGACAACACUAAAGUCAGCCCGAGUUGCUGCUAACUGUCAACUGUUUCUGCAAGCACCAUGUUUCUCUAGUGCAGCAUAGAGCACCUGCAACAAUGAAAGCUCUCAAACCAGAAAUACAAAGUUGUAUUUUUGGAAAUGAGGGAGGAAAAACUUAUCCAAACUUUCUUUCUGGGAGUUCCCUUGCUGCUACAGGCUCGCUUGUGCAGGAUGGUACAAUUGUUACAUAAACCUUUCUCUGUGUAGUGGAAACAUGACAUCUUUGUCUUAAUGCAGGAAGACAUUGCCAGUGCCACGUGCUCACCUGUCUGCCAGAAACACUUGUAGUCAAAAGUUACGUAAAAAACCAAGUUACGUUGGUGUUUGAUAAUUCUCUAGAAGUCUUAGUGAAAUUGCAUUCUCAUGGGAGCAGAAAACAAAUGACAGUUCAGAAUAAAGGGUGCUGUCUAUAUGUUUUUGCCUUCUAAGAUCAUAGUAUAAAAUAACUCUGAAUUGCUCUUAUGCAUUCCAAAUAUUUUAGAGCUGUUCAAAAGAAAUCUUUUUAAAUAACAGGUGUGGAAAUACACAAAUGCAGACUGCAUAGUAUUCACUGGUUUCUCCAUCCAGGAAAAAUCUGUUAUUAUCUUUGAUUUUCCACUUCAGAAUCGGAGCCUGGUGUUUAAAUAUUUCCAAGCCUAGGAGAAGUCCAGGUAGGAACUUCAUUGUUUUAUCCCAGCUGUCUGAUACUUUGAAAAAAUAGAUGUAUUUCAUAGAAAAAUUAGAUUUCAUUAAUUCCAUCUUCCAAAGAGGAUGCAGAUUUCUUCUCUGGAUUGAUCUCCCUGAAUAUUGCCUACACUGCAGUUCUGCUUUGUUGCUAAGAGUAAUCAAAUUUUUAUUUUAUUCUGCUGGGUUUUUUUGUUUAUAGUAAUGUAACAUGACUCUGGCACCGUACACGGUCUCAGUCAUGAACAUGUUCAUCCUUCUCUGUGGUAGGGCCUCUGAGCUGGUUAAGUUAGAUUUGAUACUGCUGUGAACUCUUAAUCACUUUGUCUGCUUUUACUGGACAAGAUAAUUUGAUCACUAGGUGCUGGGAGCAAUUUGCUCCACUGCUCAAUAGAAGGAGUAAUCAUAGAGAAAUAGUUUUGCCAUUUUGUGAAAAGACUUGCAAGUGUACAUGGGUUUAGAGGGAUGGGAAAAGCUGGAGUUCUCCAAAGGAGGCACGUGCCUGUUAAGCCCAAAGGUACUUGCCAUGUGAAGAUGUUCUCUGUUCUCUGGACAUGUUGUUGUGAUUGAGUGUGCUUGCUGGAUCAAAAAACAGUUGCCCCAGUUUUGUCUUUUCAAAUACCCUUUGACAUAACCUUGUGAAAUUAGUUCUUUAGAAAUGGCAAUCAUUGCUUAACGGGGAGAGACUGUCUCUGGAUACCACUGAAUUUCAUCGAAGUGAAGCAGCUUUACAAUGCUCUUCUGCUUUUUCGGCAGCAAUGACUGAGGCCAAAAGAUAUUCCUUUGUAAAAUUUGUUUGUGAAGUAAUUUCUGCUGACAAAUGACAUUGCCAGAUAUUUGAAUGACAAGUAAUGUUGCCAGAAAUUACUAUAACAAAUAUUUAAUCAGUAUUUGUGAAAUUGUAUUAGAAUGAUUGACUAUGAUAAUUAAAGUCUGCAAAAGUACAAAAGAAGUAAAAGGGAAAUACACUCAUUUCCUUCUAAUUUUUCCAGUGUCGCACUGAAUUUUAAUAUUCAGUUCUGAGUAUCUAGUUAGAGAUGCUGUAAAUCUUUUGCUUCCACUAAACCAUACAAAUGUAAGGUCCUUCAAAGUUACUAUAAACACUCAAAUGAAAGAAUUCAUGAAGGAAUGGAAGUGGGACAACAGAAAGACUGCUUCUCUAGGAAUCUAUCAGCAGCUUGUAACUCCAUACUUCUGAGAUUCAAAUCCAGCAUUACAUGCUAUGGUGGCGUAAAAAAAAAAUCAAAAAAAAAAUCUAUAAUGCUCAAAAUUUCAUAAUGCAGCUAUUUUAAGUGGAGAGAAAGAAGAAAACUUAUAGACAGUGACAAGUUACAGUUUCUUAAGAUACUCAUUCAAUCAUUACAGAAACAACAGUGUCUGAAAAACUGAUUAUAACAGGACCUUUCAGAUUUGAGCUGCUGAGAAAAUGCAGAUGUUGGUUAAUAAUCUAUGCAUCAAACUGAAAAUAGUCUAGAUUCUCUGCCAUUUUCUCCCCAAAUUGUUUGAUAAGAAAUAGGAAGAAGUGGAGAAAAGAUGACUUAACCAUCCUUUUUAUUACUUUUAUUUUCUUAUGGCAUAAGUUAUAGCUUCAGAGAAUAUGAUAAAUGGAGAUCUAGGAACUCGGUUUCUUUUUUUAUCAUACAAUCUUCGCUUUGGCAAUUGUGCAAAUUCUCUUGGCAAAGAUGCAAAUGUAGCAUUUGGUGGAGAAAAUGAGUAUGUGUGGGGAUGGCAGGAGUUAUUUAUCCGAAUGUGUAAUAUUUUGACCUUAUGGUGUUCUAUGUAUUUGUUCAUCUCCUGAGUCUGUUUCAUGACGAUGACGAAUAUAUACUCCGCUUACACCACGUGCUGCCCUGAGCGGGCGGUGUAGCCGUGGUCUUCAUGUUUACUGGGUUUGAAUGAGAGUGGCUCAGGUGCUAGGUUUCAGUGCAGAGAUGCUCGUGUUUACAGCUGUGAAAUGACUCAGUAACAAACCGAAGAAAAGAUCAGCUUUCCAGUCCCUGUCCUGACAUAUAUCUCCUGUUUCUUUUGUUGCUGAGCUCAAUUAUGGUACAAAAUCAGAGCUGCAGUCUCUUCAGCGGUGCAAUUGCGUUGCUUGGAACAUCAACUGGGACAGGUGUUUUUUUCUAGUGAUUCAGUACAUUGCUUGGUGUCAUUACUGGUUUGUAUCUUCUGGAGCUCCAAACCUUAUGUACAAAUGCAAUACUCUGUCAGUUAUUAACUAUCAUUUGACAAUGGUCUGACUCCCUCUAUUUUGUUAUGAGUGCUUUGAGACUGUUUUUUGGUUAGUGGCAGGGUUUAGGGGUUUUUUUUGGUUGUUUUGUUUUGGAGGGUGUUUUUUAGCCCCACUGAGACUUCAUCUGCAAAGAACUCAGUAUUAAUAAUGGAUUGUCUAAGGUGAAUCUUGGAUCAUGUUGCAAAUGAUGAAUUGUUUAGGAAAGCACAAAGGAAACUAACUUUAGUGGAAAAAUAAACGUAAACUUGGAAGUUCUUAAA